GUGCGUCUCUCCCGCCAUCUUUCCAGCCGGCUUCCAGGAGAGGAACACGUUGCUGGAAAAAAGAAGUUUCACCCUGAAUUAUUUGUGUUUUAACGCCGUUUCCUGUGUGUUUUUAUUUGAGUCUAGGAGCGGGGGCCGCCCAGGGCUCCACAGGUGCUAGCGUCCGUCAUUCCAGCCCUCCAUCAUGGCGGAUAAAAACACCAGAAUCGCCAUCGUCAACCACGACAAAUGCAAACCUAAGAAAUGCCGUCAGGAGUGCAAGAAGAGCUGCCCAGUGGUCCGCAUGGGUAAGCUGUGUAUCGAGGUGACACCACAGAGUAAGAUAGUCUGGAUCUCAGAGUCUCUGUGUAUAGGCUGCGGCAUCUGCAUCAAGAAAUGUCCGUUUGGAGCGUUGUCGAUCGUCAAUCUGCCCAGCAACCUGGAGAAGGAAACCACACACAGAUACUGCGCCAACUCCUUCAAACUGCACCGGCUGCCUAUCCCUCGGCCCGGGGAGGUCCUCGGUUUGGUGGGGACCAACGGUAUCGGAAAGUCCACAGCCCUGAAGAUCCUGGCUGGAAAACAGAAACCCAACCUGGGGAAAUACGAUAAUCCUCCAGACUGGCAGGAGAUCCUGACCUACUUCAGAGGGUCGGAGCUGCAGAAUUAUUUCACCAAAAUCCUGGAGGACGACCUGCGGGCCAUCGUCAAACCACAGUACGUCGACCAGAUCCCAAAGACUGUCAAGGGGUCGGUAGGGGCCAUCUUGAGCAGGAAAGACGACACAGACACACAGGACCUCGUCUGCCAACAGCUCGAUUUGAGUCACCUGAGGGAGAGAAAUGUGGAGGAUCUGUCCGGAGGAGAGCUGCAGAGGUUCGCCUGCGCUGUCGUCUGCAUCCAGAGAGCCGACAUCUUCAUGUUCGACGAGCCGUCCAGUUACCUGGAUGUGAAACAAAGGCUGAAGGCCGCCAUCACCAUCCGCUCGCUCAUCACCCCGGACAGGUACAUUAUCGUGGUGGAACACGACCUCAGCGUUCUGGAUUACCUGUCAGACUUCAUCUGCUGUCUGUACGGCGUCCCGAGCGCCUACGGAGUCGUCACCAUGCCCUUCAGCGUCAGAGAGGGCAUCAACAUCUUCCUGGACGGUUACGUUCCCACAGAGAAUCUCAGGUUUAGAGAGACCUCGCUGGUCUUUAAAGUUGCAGAAACGGCCAACGAGGAGGAAGUAAAGAGGCUCAGGCACUAUCAGUAUCCCGACAUGGUGAAGACGAUGGGUGAGUUCACGCUAGACAUUAAAGGAGGAGAAUUCACGGACUCAGAGAUCAUGGUGAUGCUGGGAGAGAACGGCACGGGGAAGACGACCUUCAUCAGGAUGUUAGCAGGAGGACUGAAAGCAGACGGUGGAGGUGAAAUCCCAAUCCUGAACGUGAGCUACAAACCCCAGACCAUCAGCCCCAAGUUCAAGGGCAGCGUGAGAGCUCUGCUGCACGAGAAGAUCAGGGACGCCUACACUCACCCACAGUUCAUCACCGAUGUCAUGAAGCCCAUGCAGAUCGAGAGCAUCAUCGACCAGGAUGUCCAGAACUUGUCUGGUGGUGAGCUGCAGAGAGUCGCUCUCACGCUGUGUUUGGGUAAACCGGCCGACGUUUAUCUGAUCGACGAGCCGUCAGCGUACCUCGACUCUGAGCAGAGAUUGAUGGCUGCCAGGGUCAUCAAGAGGUACAUCCUCCAUGCUAAGAAGACGGCGUUCGUGGUGGAGCACGACUUCAUCAUGGCGACGUACCUCGCUGACAGAGUUAUCGUGUUUGAUGGGAUUCCCUCCAAGAAAACCUCGGCCAACACUCCUCAGAGUCUGCUUGCCGGGAUGAACCGCUUCCUGUCGCUGCUGGAAAUCACGUUCAGAAGAGACCCGAACAACUUCAGGCCGAGGAUCAACAAACUCAACUCCAUCAAGGACACGGAGCAGAAGAAGAGCGGGAACUACUUCUUCCUGGACGACUAAAUCCAUUUCCUGCGUGACCAAGCCGCGGCGUCCUGUGAUGCAUUCAGGCGCACAGUGAGCGUUGGAGCAGCGGCCUCCACAUUUACCACGAGAACAAUGGGGCUGCGUUCACCAAACAGCAGACAUCAUAAUGAGAGAAAGAAUAACUAAAUUAAAAAACUCCCAUCAGCCUUUGUGUCCUGGGCUGCGUUCAAUAGCCAGCAGCAAUGUUGUGAAACGUUUCAAAAUAAAAGUGCAUUGCAUUCAGUGUCCGUCAGCCUGAACAUACGGGGCUGCGUUCACACGCCAGCAACAUUGUGGAACAUUAAGCAGCGUAUUUUAACUCUCAUGCAUUUACAGCAAAUGAUAAUAAACUGACGAAACAAC